AGUAGUAUGGCAGCAGUGAACUUUACCCAUACUGUUUAUAUUUCUUUGGGUGCUGGAGGAGUGGCUCGAUGACAAACCGUCAGAUUCCUGAGCUGCUCGCCGAGCUGCAGGACAUGAUCAUGGGGAGCACUCUGGCCAAAUGUGCCGUCGCUGACCUGGGCAUCCAGUGGGCCGGCUGGGCUCUGGCUUCAGCGUUCAAAACCGAGAAGUUUUAUGAUUUGGCAGGAUCUGGCACAUUUAUACUUCUUGCCCACCUGAGUCGUAUCUGGGGAGGAGCCAGUCACGUCCGUCAGAAGGUGCAGACUGGAUUGGUGACAGCAUGGGGACUCAGGCUGGGGACAUUCCUCUUCAUGCGGAUCUUGAAGGAAGGUCAUGAUCGCAGAUUCAACAAUGUCAGAGACAGCCCUGGGACUUUCUUCGUAUAUUGGACUAUUCAAGCUGUGUGGGUAUUUGUGACCCUCCUGCCCACCCUAAUGCUGAAUACUGAGAAGCGAGAUAUGCCUCUGGGAAUGAGGGACUAUAUUGGCUGGACUGUAUGGGGCCUUGGCUUUGCUACUGAAGCUAUUGCUGACCAGCAGAAAUGGUUGUUCAAGAGUGACCCAGAUAAUGCUGGGAAGUUCAUCCAGAGCGGACUCUGGGCCUACAGCAGACAUCCUAACUAUUUAGGAGAGAUCCUGCAGUGGUCGGGCCUGUGGCUCUCAGCCUCGUCAGUGAUGCAGGGUUCCCAGUACCUGAGCGUGAUGUCGCCUCUCUUCGUCUGGUUCCUGCUGCAAUACGUCAGCGGUAUCCCCAUCCUGGAGAAGCAGGCUGUGAAGAAGUGGGGAUCUGACCCAGCCUUCCAGAAUUACGUCAAGAACACUCCUCUUCUCUGGCCAUGGCCUAAAUUUUAAUAUUGAUGAACAUUUUCUCAACUGUUGUACCAAUAACUGCCUCACUCAAAGGUGAACACACCCACUGUCAUUUUCUAGUUAUUCUUUAAAAUGAAUUCAAGUUUGUCAAACCUUGUCUUUACAUAAUAGACUUCUGUGUGUCAUUAUUUAGACCUAAAUAUGUGAAUUUUUAUCAAGAGUACAAAGCGAAUUCUACAAUAAAGGCGUCUGUUAAGGUU